GAGUAGACACCAGAAGCUUGGAGAAGGACAGAUGGAGCCCUAGCUCCUGGUCCCCUUUCUCACCCUCCUUCCCCCCUAGGUCAUCUGAAAUGUCACCUUUCACCUAAUCAUCAUCUCCUUGGUUUCAGACCUUAACUCUGGUCUCUCGACUUCUGCUUAGUUCCACAUUCUCUACCCUUUUGCAAAGAGGACUACCACAUUCUCUUCCUGGAGACUUUAAGGCUUUUCUGCUUGCCACAUGCUCUAAUCACCAGCCCCUCCUAACUCAGCUGAGAUGGAAGUGUCCACCCUCUCCAAAACUCUUAAGCCAACUCCCGGUCUCAAUCAAGAGUCUUUGGGCCCUAGGAUUAUCCUUGCCUUAUUUGAAAUUGGAUCACUUCCUCCUGUCUCCUGGUGUUUUCUCCCUUCCCCAAACAAUAGUGACCAUCAAGUAGCUGAACAACAGACUGCACAGAAGUUUGAAAAUCUCUUAAAAGAUAUUAAAGAUAUCAUUAAAAAUGUGACAAGUAAUGAAGAAAAGAUCACAGAAGUCAAAGAUUCUUUUGAGGAAAUCAGUAUUUCUGAGGAUGUGUCAGAACUUAAAGAAAAAAUCAGAGAACUUGAUAAGAUAAAUGAAGUGUUAUUGAACAACCUGCUUGGUUGCUCAGACCUAGAGAAAGAAGAGAAUGCAAAAAAACAGAUGAUAGUGGAAAACCAGAACUGUAAGGACACGGUACAAGUCUUUAGAAGUGAUUUGGUAAAUUGUUCAGAAGAAAACAGAGCCCUUGAUGAAACUCAGUUAAGUAAGGAAAAAGCAAAAUAUAGACUCCCUCAUGUUCAAGAAGAAAAUAUCAAACUUAGGAACAACAUGGAGCAGUUACUACAGGAAGCAGAACACUGGAAUGUGCAACAUGCUGAGCUCAGUGAACUAAUAAGAACAUAUCAGAAAUCUCAGAAAGAUAUACAAGAAACUCUUAAAAAUAAUGGAGCACAUUUCCAAACUCAAUCAAAUGAGAAGGUGUCAGCUCAGCAUGAACUGGAGGAACAAGUGAAAAAACUGGAACAUGACACAUAUUCAUUGCAUUUGAUUUCAGCUUUGCUGGAAAAUGAAUGUCAGAUCUUACAGCAGAGAAUAGAGCUUCUCAAGGAACUCCAUCAUCAGAAAGAGGGAACUCUGCAAGAGAAGCCAAUUCAGAAAAACGGUGAAAAGGACAAGAAAAAACAGAAGCUAUCAGCAGAGCAUAAGCCAAAAAUGCAAGAAAAAGAGGGUACAUUUCAGAAAAAAGACAAAUUCUACAGAGGCCUGGAUGCUGGUAGCAAGAAAGCGCUUAAUAACCACUUCAAUACUCAUAUUGCAAGAGGAACUCCUGUGGAAAAAUCAUCCAGCAGCCUAACUUAGAAAAUACCAAAAGUAGAAGAAAAGGCAAUUCUUCAAAAACUGUAACACAUCAACUCUAGGCAUAAUCAAUCAUCAAACCUAGGAUAGAUCUGCUGGUUUGACAAGAGUAAACCAUAGAACAAGAAGAUUAACACUUAGAUUAUUCAUUACCUCAGUAGUUAUGUAAGUUUGGUGUUUCAUGACCAUUAGUGCCAGUAUCAAGUUCAUAACCUGUCGUACAAUUUGCUUGUUUUUUGUAUUUAUUAGAGAUCCUAUGACACUGUAACCAAGAGGGAGAAGUUAUAGGUCCAAUUAAUAAAGAUCUAAAUAAAAACUAGAAUAAAAAUGAAAA